GAUGUAAAAGGACAUCUGCAGUUAUGUCACAGUACAACAAGUCAGUGGCUGAACUGGAAACAGAUCGUGCCACGAUGGAGGUCGACAAGUCAGAGACAGCAGCUGAUGAGCGAGACCGUGCGGCUCUGAAACCUUUGGAUCUCAAAGUGAUCGCCGAGAAGACCGGGGAUGCGGAGCCGCAGAGACCCACGUGGAGCAGCCGCCUGGAGUUCAUCCUGGCAUCGGUGGGCUACGCGGUGGGACUGGGCAACGUGUGGAGGUUUCCGUACCUUUGCUACAGCAGCGGCGGAGGGGCCUUCUUGAUCCCGUACUUCACCAUGGUGCUCCUGUGUGGCAUGCCUCUGCUCUUCUUGGAGUUUUCUAUUGGGCAGUACACUCGUUUAGGACCAGUGCAUGCUCUCGCCAAGAUUUGCCCCUUGUUCAAAGGUGUUGGUCUGGCCAUAGUUGUUCUCUCCUUUGUGUACUCCACGUACUACAAUGUGCUCAUGAGCUGGGCUCUUUACUAUCUCUUCAACUCGUUCGGAUCCACGCUUCCCUGGAUGUCCUGCAACAACACUUGGAAUGUCGUCGGGAACUGUUCCAGUGGUUUCCAUGGCAACGCCACCCACCUGCAGUCUGCCAGUCAACAGUUCUUCGAUCACAAGCUUUUGCAGAAAACCGAUGGCAUUGAAGAAGCAGGUGGCAUUCGCUGGGAACUCUUUGGCUAUCUUGUUUUUGCCUGGGUCAUUGUGUACUUAUGCAUAUUUAAAGGAAUCAAAUCCACUGGCAAGGUUGUGUAUUUCACUGCUGUAUUUCCAUACUUCAUUCUCUUCGCCCUGCUCAUCAAUAACCUGCAGCUUCCUGGAGCCAAAAAUGGUAUCCUCUUCUUUGCCACACCUGUCUGGAGCAAACUCUUUGAAGUGAAGGUUUGGGUUAAUGCAGCUGCUCAGGUGUUUAACUCCAUUGGAAUAGCAUUUGGGUCCAUGAUUUCGAUGGCAAGUUACAACAAGUUCAACAACAACAUUCUCAGGGAUGCUCUUAUCGUGGCGGUUACCAACUCAUUCACUAGUAUCCUGGCUGGCUUUGUGAUCUUCUCAGCCAUUGGCUACAUGGCUCAUGUACACAACCUCCCAGUGGACAACAUAGCCACAGGUGGACCUGGUCUCGUGUUUGUUGUGUACCCUGAGGUCCUCUCAACUAUGCCCUUCUCCCAGCUGUGGGCCCCUCUGUUCUUCUUCAUGCUGCUGUGUCUGGGCCUCGACAGCCAGUUUGCCACAGUUGAGGUGAGUGUGGCGUUUCUAAAAGACCAGUUUGGACCUAAACUUCUGCCAUAUCUGAAAAGAGAAGAGCUGAUAACCCUGGGUGUGUGUAUCGCCUGCUUCCUCUUGGGAAUUCCUCACAUUACUAAGGGAGGUAUCUAUGUGUUCCAGCUGUUGGACCACUACACCGCUAUGGUUUCCCUCAUGUUCUUGGCUUUCUUUGAAGUCGUAGCUGUCUGCUGGAUCUUUGGCGUCCGACGUGUCUCCUUAAUGAUCAAAAGGAUGCUUGGAAAAACUCCAAACAUCUACUUCCGCGUCUGUUGGAUGUUCAUCAGUCCUCUGUUGGUGAUGUGCAUUCUGAUCUCCAGCAUUGUCCAGUACACUCCUGUUCACUAUGGGAAUUACAAUUACCCACUGUGGGCUGAAUAUUUGGGCUGGUGCAUUUCACUGGUCUCUAUAGUGUGGAUCCCACUCUGUGCCAUUCAAGAGAUCUGCAGCAACAAAGGCUCAUUUCUUCAGAGACUGAAAACAGCUGUGACUCCGACAAUAGACCUGGACGCUGAGGAUCCUUUACCAGAAAAACAGGCUCUAGACCAGCAGGAGUCUGAAACCUUGUUCACUUCAGGGGUCUGACCAGAGAGGAGGCCAACGCCGCGUAUCAAAACCACUGUCAUAACGUUCUGGUCAUAAAAUGAUUAUUUUAUUCUAUUUGUUCUACCAAAGGAUGGGUCUUUACUGUACCUUAGGCCAACUGUAGUGCUUUAAUACCUAAACUGCUUAUUCUUUGCAUUUGACUUUUGCACCUUGUACAGAGUGUGAGACAUUUUGUCCAGCGAUUAAAGGUUAAUUUAAUUUGGCUUAGGAAGAAGUUGACAUGUUCACUUUCUAGACAGUGCAGGUGUUCAUUCACAACUAAAGAUUAAAAUGUUAAGGAUUAUGUCCUUCACAUUGGUGGAUUGAUAGGUAUGUGUAUGCAGUGACAUUGUCUGAUUAAUGUGAGUGAGACAUGUUGUAAAAUGUACAAGUGCAAUUUUAUCCCUGAGCGGGAAAAGCAGUUUCAGGACCCUUAGGUAAAACCGCAGGCAUCUGACCUACAAACUGUGACACCACUUGUUUCUAAGCCCGAAAAGAAGGGAGCUGCAAACAUGAAUGCUUCAGCCUUUGGGUUUUGGCCUGCUAUUUUCAAAAAAAUAUGUCUCCAGUGCACAACACCAUGCAUCGUUAAAAAACACACAUGAAGAACUGUUGCUCAAAUGAAAAUGUGUUGGUUUUUUUCUACUCUCCUCAGGUUGAGGAAUGAUUUUAUAUUAUUUUUCAGUUUUGUUUGACUUUUUUUUAACUUAAUCUCGGAGCAGGUUACUCACAAAAAUGAUUAGCUGUGCCUUUGAUCUUCUGCCAUGAAGUUGAAUUGAGCUGAUGAGGAUAGUUAAUCUUCAUCGGGGCAACGCUCACUGUGUCUGGUACAGCUCGUGCUCUCUAUUCUAUUGUGAGACAGUUUAUCACUGUUUAACUCACACUUCGUGACCCUUCCAGCAAAAUAUGUUGAAGAGUUCAGUUUGGUUGAAAUGUAACAGAUUUUAACUCAAACUUUAACUUUGAGAAUCUUUCGUCAUGUUGAGCUUUGGGGUAAGAAGAACUACCUCACCUUGAAAAAGACCAGAGGAGAAACAGCACAGCCAUUUUCAGAUGUAAACUCUGCCUUUCACUUAUGACCAAUGAAUGCAGCAGGAGAUUCUCUGGGUCAGAUGUGUUUACAGCAACAACAGGAAAAUCUCCGGAUCGUUCAGGCGAGGGGUGGCGUCUGGGUAGAACAUGCAGAAAGCAGGACAUGACUGGCAGGACAUGAAUCUGCACAUCAACGCUGGCUUCGGCCCAUAUCACCAACAGCUCUUGAAUCUCGUUUUCUUUCCAAGUUUACAUCUUCAACGGAUUCCUGAGAUAUUUGUAUUGUUUUGGUUUCACAUUCGUGGCGUAUUGUCAUCAACUCGCCCACCCGCUUGUUGUGAAUUCUCCGGACAUUUUCCUUCUGUUUUCUCACAUAGGCUCACUCGGACAUCCUCAGGAGUUUUUACUUGUAGACUGGCAGGAACUACUCUGGAGAAAGUCCAGAGCAGCUGACUCACAUACAGCCUCUCCGGAGUCUUUUCAGGGGAAUAUCAGUUCAGAGUUCAGUACAUGGCUGAAAGCAGCUUUUGUGUAAGUGGUACAAUCACAGUUUUGGGUGAGAUGAGAGCAUUCAGCCUUUUUUUUGUCUGAUCAAACAAACCAUUAUGUAGGAGUGCCUUUUAUUCCAAAGCACUGAAAAUAAGCUCUUGUGAGAAACAAUUCAAGGUAUUUAUUCGAGAAAUAUUUAAGCAUUAAAUUGUGUUUGCACAAGAAACUAACCUUUUGGGUUGAAAAAUAUUUAAUCUGUUGCCAUUUUUAAAGAUUACACAAGAGAGGCUUAAAAAGUCAUGUUACCUGCCUCAACUGUUUGUUGUGAUUUCUUUUCGAUAAUCUGUAUUUAAUUGGACAACCAAAACCUUUGUGUAAAAUGCUGCAUACUGUAUGUUGUUAAAAGCUGCAUUAUUUUUGAUUUGUCAUUAAGUGUAUUAGUAGUAUUUAAAAGUGUAGGGAUGAUACAGAAGCAUUUGUACAAGUCCCUGCUUAGUUACACCUUUUUUACGCUCAACACUCAAAUGUAUUUCCGUGGGUUUCAUGUUUGUUUGUUAAACAAAAUCCAUCUUCACCAAUUUUAAUGCUGAUUUUUCAUAUCAAUGACUGUUUAAUUUUCCUACUGUUAUUGUCAUAUUUGAACUGGGUUGUUAUGUGGGAUGUUGAAUAAAAUGCCUUAAUUUUU